AAUCCGGGCGAAAGCAUGAACUAUAUAUAAAUUGUAAUCAUAAUCGGCGCCAUGAAUCAGAACGAAGGUGGGACAAUGACUUUGAGGUUGAAGGAAGUGACGGACUCAGAAUCGGAGACGAGAAUCCCUCGUCCUCUUGAUUUGGGAAGACGACACACAUUGGAUCUCGGAAAUGGAAGCGAAAUCGUCUACAUGACCAAGUUCGUGCCCUCCGAUAAGGCUUGGACCUGGUUCGAUUUCCUCAAUCAACGCAUUCCCUGGACCAGGCCUACCAUUCGCGUCUUCGGACGCUCCCUACUCCAGCCUAGAGACACUUGCUACGUUGCGAGUCCAGGAUUGACGACAUUAACUUAUAGUGGGUACAAACCACGUGCCUAUACUUGGGAUGAUUUUCCUCCACUGAAGGAAAUUUUGGACGCUGUCCACGAAGCUCUUCCUGGGAGUAGUUUUAAUAGCUUACUCUUGAACAGGUAUAAAGGUGGUAAUGAUUAUGUGGGUUGGCAUUCUGAUGAUGAGAAGCUGUAUGCACUGAACCAGGAGAUUGCUUCGGUAUCGUUUGGAUGUGAGCGAGAUUUCUUGUUGAAAAAGAAGCCCAACAAGACUUCUCAACGAAGAAAUGAUGAGGAACCUCCAAGCAAGAAAUCAAAGAAGAGCGGUGUGGCUGAUACACACUCAUUUGCUCUAAAGCACGGUUCACUUUUGGUUAUGAAAGGCUACACUCAGCGGGAUUGGAUGCAUUCGGUGCCUAAGCGCCUCAAGGCAGAGGCAACCCGCAUUAACCUUACUUUCAGGCAUGUUGUUGUUGAUUGAUUUUGAAGUUAAUACAGGAUCAUCACAGAGAAAUGUCCUUCAUCCUCCCGAGUUGUUGUAUUUUGGAGGGGGCCUCCGUUUGUUUUGGUAUGUUUUUUCUCUGUUAAUCGUGUAUCUUUCUCUGAUAGAUCAAUGUAAAGUGAACAAUCUCAGUUUCAAACUGUCUCACCUGUGUUACAUGUGUUCCACCUUCUCU